AUGUAUGUGAAGAGUUGGUUGAACUUCGGUGGACCAAAUAAUAGAAGCACGAAGGUGUGGGAUCUUGGAGGUGCAAAUGCAACGUCAACAGAAUCAAUCAGAGGGUCGUUUGAAUUAACCUCUUCAAACAUCCAACAGCUUAAGCAACAUGCAAAAUCUAAGCUUAAAGAGGAUGCUAAUGUGUCAACAUUUUCCGUUACGUGUGCUUAUGUGUUGCAUUGUUUGGUCAAGGCAGAACAACCAAAGGCCAAUGGAGUGGCAUUUUUGUUCAGUGUGGAUUGUAGGUCUCGCUUGGAGCCACCUCUUCCGUCCACAUAUUUUGGAAAUUGCAUCAUUGGUCAUAAGGUUAUGGAUGGAACAAACAAGUUGUUGGGGGAUGAUGGUUUCAUCAAUGCCCUUGGAGGGAUAAAUGAAACCUUGAAAAGGUUGGAGGAUGGAGUGUUGAGUGGGGCAGUAACUUUGUCUACAAUGAUGCAGAUUUCAAGGGAUAACAGAAUACUUACAACUGCAGGGUCACCACGGUUUGAGGUUUACAGUGUUGAUUUUGGAUGGGGAAGGCCUAAGAAGGUGGAUAUGACUUCCAUAGGCAAAACUGGAGCAUUUUGUCUUUCAGAAAGUAGGAAUGAGAAUGGAGGAGUUGAGAUUAGCUUGGUGUUGAACAAACAAGAAAUGGAAACUUUCACUGCUCAUUUUAAUGCUGGUCUUAAAUGCCUUUAA